CGGCUGGCUGUGCGUGAAAAGACGACUCAAAACGCAUUUAAUCGAAAACCGUGCGCGAUAAAAGGUACCCCAGGCCGCACCAGUGAAAGGUACGUGGACGCCCAAGAGUGUGCAGAAUCGGCAAAUUGCGUAAAAGCUUGCUGUCAUCGCCGAUAUCCAAUACCCAGAGCGAGGCAGACAGAGGAGAAUAAAACAUGGCUGCCAGCACGAGCGGUGAUAAAGCUGCGGAUGAUUCACUGUAUCCCAUCGCCGUUUUGAUCGAUGAGCUGAAGAACGAAGAUAUUCAGCUGCGGCUGAACUCGAUUAAGAAGCUUUCCACCAUUGCCCUGGCCCUGGGUGAGGAGCGCACCCGCAACGAACUGAUCCCCUUUCUGACGGAGUCCAUCUACGACGAGGAUGAGGUCCUGCUGGCGUUGGCCGAACAGUUGGGCAACUUUAUUCCCCUGGUCGGUGGCCCGGAGUACGCGAUGUAUCUCAUUCCGCCGCUCGAAUCGUUGGCCACCGUCGAGGAGACGGUCGUGCGUGAGAAGGCCGUCGAAUCGCUGCGCACCGUGGCCGGCCAGCACAGUGCCCAGGAUCUGGAAGUACACCUCGUGCCGACGCUCCAGCGCUUAGUGACCGGCGAUUGGUUCACCUCCCGUACAUCCGCUUGCGGUCUCUUCUCCGUGUGCUACCCACGUGUUUCGGCCGCCGUGAAAGCGGAACUUCGCAACAACUUCCGCACGCUGUGCCAGGACGAGACCCCGAUGGUGCGAAGGGCGGCUGCCGGCAAGCUGGGCGAGUUUGCAAAGGUCGUCGAGGUUGAGUACCUCAAAUCCGACCUGAUCCCCAUGUUCGUAACGAUGGCCCAGGACGAGCAGGACUCGGUACGCCUGCUGGCCGUGGAGGCGUGCGUCAGCAUUGCGCAACUGUUGCCCCAGGAUGAAGUGGAAGUGAACGUGAUGCCAACGCUGCGACAGUGUGUAAAUGACAACUCGUGGCGCGUACGCUACAUGGUGGCCGAGAAGCUGACCGAUUUGCAGAAGGCGGUCGGACCGGAGAUCACCAAAGUUGACCUCGUGUCGGCCUUCCAGUUUCUGCUGAAGGACAGUGAGGCCGAAGUACGCGCGUCGGCCGCCACCAAGGUGACGGAGUUUUGCCUGAAUCUCGACAAGGCCGCCCAAGAGCAGAUCAUCAUGUCGUCAAUCCUGCCGUGCGUGAAGGAGCUAGUGGCCGACUCGAACCAGCACGUCAAGUCGGCCCUGGCCUCCGUCAUCAUGGGCCUGAGUCCGAUCGUUGGGCGAAACAACACGAUCGAGCAUCUGCUGCCACUGUUCCUGGUGCAGCUGAAGGACGAGUGGCCCGAGGUGCGCCUCAACAUCAUCUCGACGCUCGAGUGCAUCAACGACGUGAUCGGUAUUCAGCAACUGUCGCAAUCGCUCCUGCCGGCCAUCGUCGAACUAGCCGAGGACAGCAAGUGGCGCGUCCGGUUGGCCAUCAUCGAGUACAUGCCACUGUUGGCCGGCCAGCUGGGCCAGGAGUUCUUCAAUCAGAAGCUGCGCGAUCUGUGCUUCAACUGGUUGAACGACCACGUGUACGCCAUCCGCGAGGCGGCCACACUGAACAUGAAGAAGAUCGUGCAAACGUUUGGGACGCAGUGGGCCGAGACGAAUAUCAUCAAUCAGAUUUUGGUCAUGUACAAAAACAGCAACUAUUUGCACCGAAUGACUUGUCUGUUUUGCAUUAAUGCGCUGGCCGAUGUGUGCGAUGCCGAUAUCAUCGAGCGGCUUUUCCUGCCGACCAUCAAAGUAUUAUCGAUCGAUCCGGUAGCGAACGUGCGGUUCAACGUGGCGAAAACGCUACAGAAACUGUCCCCAUUCCUCGACCAGGCUGCCAUCGACGAGCACGUAAAGCCGAUCCUGGAGAAGCUGAACACCGACACGGACGUUGACGUAAAGUACUUUGCAUCGGAAGCGAUGGUUGGGAUUGCUGCAGCCUAAGUUCAUGGUUGACGGGUAGUAACAGCGCAGCGCUAGCGACAUACACAAGAGGUAACACUGUUCAACAGGAAAGAAUUGAAGGACAUGGCAAGAGAAGAGCGCGUUGUAACGGCAGCACUCAGAGCUCUAAAAACAUCAAACACGCUCAAUCCCGCAUUAGUUUAAUCGGUUUUCGGUUGAUCCAGCACGAGGCAUUGCGCGUAUUGUUAGAUUUUCAGUUUAAGAAAAUCGCCUACUUAGAGAACCGCUCACCCAUCUUGAGGAAACCUGGUGACGAAAUCUGCUGCUUCUCAGUUGUGUCGUUAAUUCGUAGAAGUUGAAUCAUUAAGCCGUGGAAAAAAAUCAUAAAUCAUAUAAUAAGAGAUCACACGGGACACGCGGAACUCACGUUGUGGUACACACCGUGCACACGCCUACAUAUAUAUUCUCUUGUGACUUGUGUUCGGAUUAAAUCAUCUGCUGCGGACAUUUCCGGUUCGAUACAUUAGAGCCCCCCUUUUAACCCACUUUACAUUACUUGGAACUGUGUACCGGAUGAGGAAAUGGAGAGAAAAAUGUAAAUCCAUCGUGGAAGCGUUUGUUAACCUUCGCAUUUGCAACGUCAACCCUGUUUUACACAGACGAGAAGAAGAAGAAAUCACAUAAACACAUAAAUACGAAAACUAAUGAAUGGCCGCAUCGCUCUUUGCUCUUUUGGGUUGUUCGUUCGGCGGAAGUCUUCGAACUUCUACAAAACUUUCUUCUUAGUACCACCUAAGUUUAAUCUAUACCUAAACAUAAAUAUAAAUAAAAUAUAUUUCUGAAGAAGAGUUUUGGCGCGGAAACGGAAAUGUAACUUAUCGUGUAAGGAUAACACAAACACAGGAAUUCAUCAACACCUGCGAACACAAACUCACGCCGUCGUGUAGAGGGAGAGGGAGGAAAAAUAGAAAUAAA